UGCCCCUUGCAGGGCUGCCCCCGGGGGUGUUCCCGCGCCCGCCUCCGCUCCUCCAUUGGCCGCCGCUGCCGCCGCACCUUGCUGAAGGUAGAGCGGGACGCGCCGAAUCGCCCGUCCUAACCCGGGGGUGACGCGGCGGCCCCGGCUCGUGCCUCGCUUUCGGAAGCCGGGCGCCCUAAUCUCCCGCCUCCCUCGCCUCGUCUGAGGGCGGGCCCGGCUCCCCGCCCGGCCUGGGGGAGCCCGGGCCCCCUCGCCCCCGCACGUGACCGCAUCACUGCCUCCCGGCGCCCGAGGCCACCAUGGGGAAUGAACAGAGCGCCGAAGCCGAGAGCAGACCCCACGACCUGAGCGCCUCAGGUCGUGACUCUCCUACGAAGCAGAAAGCCAAGAUGGAUGACAUUGUUGUAGUAGCCCAAGGAACCCAGGCCUCAAGGAGUAUCAGCAGCGAUCCAGAUGUCAUCAAAUUACAGGAGAUUCCAACCUUCCAGCCCCUUUUGAAAGGGCUUUUGAGUGGCCAGACAUCUCCCACAAAUACCAAAUUGGAGAAGCUAGACUCUCAACAAGUUCUCCAGCUCUGUCUCCGAUAUCAAGAUCACCUUCAUCAGUGUGCAGAAGCUGUUUCCUUUGAUCAGAAUGCUUUAGUUAAACGAAUCAAAGAGAUGGACCUCACUGUGGAGACACUCUUUGGCUUCAUGCAGGAGCGACAGAAACGGUACUCAAAGUAUGCUGAACAGAUCCAGAAGGUCAAUGAAAUCUCCUCUAUUCUACGCCGCAUACAAAUGGGCAUUGACCAAACUGUACCUCUGAUGGAGAGACUGAACAGCCUGCUUCCUGAGAAUGAGAGGUUGGAGCCCUUUAGCAUGAAACCAGACCGCGAGCUCAAGUCAUAGUUGUUUCCAAACCCUUUCCUACGACUGGCCAGUGAGAUUUUUCUCCAUGGAGCGAUAGAAACCAAUAAUGCUUAGAGAAUAUUUGUGGCAAUUAUACCACUAUCAGGCAAGACUUGGCUUUUUGAUUGGUUUCCUGUUCUCCAUGCUGGGAAGAGAAGCAGUCAAGCCAGGGAUAGGACUCCCCAGUCUGGAGUCAAGGGGAUUGUUCCUACUUGGUGUGAACCAAAUUCUUUCAUGUCACUACCCUGAAAGUCUUGAAGGCCAGCAUCAACAAUGUUGCUAAACCAUAAACCAUUAGUCCUUGUCAGCUCUUCAGAGAACUCUGCCCUACACAUUCUCAGUUGCUGUUGUUGUCAUCAUUUGAGUUAAGUGUGUGCAGCCUGUUUUCAGAUAAUCUGGUCCAGUUAAAACAGGAAGAGAACUGGAGAGGUUAUUUUCAUGACUUUAGGUAUUUGUCAGUCAAUAACUGUUAAAAGGCCCUUUGAUUUAUAGGGGUAUAAAUGAAAAACUUGAAUCCA